AUGAAUAGAUACUAUUCACUUGAAUUCAACACUGAUGCGAUCCCUUCAAAUGAUAGCAUCCACUGUCAUACUUAUGGGUGCAGAACGCAAGUUGCAUGCUUCAACGAUUAUUUUCCAAUGUCUCGAUUAGGAGAACUAGGGCUCUUUGAUAGGGUGUUUAAUGUUCAUGUACCAGACAAUGCGAGUUAUCAUCAACCCGAAAUUGGAACUACCGUAGCCAAAGCUUACUGUUGCCAAUGUAGAAAGAUGAUCGGAUGGAAAAUUAUUGGAGUCCCCGGACAGCACACGUAUGUUAGAGAAGGAAGAUUCUGUAUGAAAUUGGACAAGCUUACUUUUUCUAAUCAUAUACCGUUACUUCGUUCAAUCGAGGAACAAAUUGAGAGAAAUGCAGAUCAAGAUGGAGACGCAGCUGGUCAAGAUUUAGGUGUUAAUGAGAAAAAUGAUGGAGACUCUAAUGAACAAGAAUUGGGCGCUAAUGAGAAAUAUGAUAAUCAAGAUGGAGGCAGUAAUGAUCAAGACGGAGGCGCUCCAAUGAACUGA